GUCGCCGAAAUUCAGCCGAGCCGCCCGGCUGCGUUUCCUCUGCCGCCGGUAACGCCGGCGCCGCUCCGCUCCGCGCCCCGCGGCCGGGCCCGCCCCGCCGCCCUCCCCGCGGGGCUGCACCGCCUCCGGGUGGAGGGCUCAGAUGGCUGAGAAAACAACCAGAGGCCCACAGGAUGUCCCCAGCUCUUCUCCUGAUGAAAACGAAUUUCCUUCUGGAUAUCCCAGUAAUAUUUGUGAGGAUGCGCCUGACCAGAAGUACCUGUGCAGCAACUGCAACAACGUGCUGAAGAAAGCCCUGCAGACGCUCUGUGGGCACCGGUACUGCUCAGCAUGCCUCUCCUGGAUCGUACGAAACAAUAAAAAUGCAAUUUGCCAGAAAUGUAAGGAGGAAGAUAGCAGCACAUUGAGUGAGGGAAGCCUGCUGGCAGAAGAACGGGCUUUUGGUGAUGCUGCCAUUAAUAAAGAGAUUUCUGAGCUCAAGGUCCGCUGUGUGACGCUGGGAUGCAGCUGGUCUGGGAUCAUGAAAAAUUUCGAAGAGCAUCAGAGCUUGUGUGAAUACGCUUUAAUCCCUUGUCACACUGGCUGUGGGCACAUGGUGAUGAGAAAGAAGCUUGCAGAUCAUUUGGAAAAUGGAUGUGUUAAUAAUGUGACGAUGUGUCAGAAGUGUAAGCGGAGCUUGUCCAGUAGUGAGUACCAAGAACAUUCAUGUGAAGGCAAUUUAUGUAAAGAACAAAACCAUGUGCAAACAGAGAUGCCACCAAAGGAAAAGAACCACUCUACACCCUUAAUGAACAAGGAUGGAUGUCGUUUUUCUGAAGUCGGCUGCUCGUUUAGGGGAAGCAAAGAGAAGAUGAAAGACCAUGAAAAAACUGCAGUUGGGCCCCACAUGCUGCUUCUGCUGCAGCACAUAAAGCAGCUGCAGACAAGCUUGUGCUCUGCUGCCAAAGCUGCAAACGGUUUCGUCCCACAGCCAGGGCUGAACAUGAAUGGUGCAGGAAAGAGCAUCCCUGACCUGCAGAUCCCAGCGGGGCUGCAACUCGGUGGGGAUCUGGAGGAAGACUGUUUUCCUGGGCCUUCUGAGGAUGAAUCUGUUCUCCAACAGCUUGUGAAGGAGAAAGUGAUUUCUGAGCUAGAAAACAAGCUGCACGUGUUUGAGAAUAUCGUGUCCGUGCUCAAUAAAGAGGUGGAGACCUCUAAUUUGGAAAUCACAGCCUUUCGGAGACAGAGUGAACUCGAUCAAAAUAUAAUACGAGGCCUUGAGCUGAAGAUCGCAGAGCUGCACCGGUGCCUGACGCAGAAGGACACAGGCCUGAGCAACCUUCACAAGAGCCUCCUGUUCUCCGAGCAAGCUUCCUAUGAUGGGGUCUUUCUGUGGAAAAUAACAGAUGUUGGCAGGAAGUUACAAGACUCUGUGACUGGAAGAGCAGUCAGUUUGUAUUCACCAGCUUUUUACACGGCAAAGUACGGCUACAAAGUCUGUCUGCGGGUGUAUCUGAACGGGGACGGGACCGGCAAAGGGACCCACGUGUCCCUGUUCUUUGUUGUCAUGAAAGGAGACUACGAUGCUCUGCUGCCGUGGCCGUUCAGACACAAGGUUACAUUCAUGUUGCUUGACCAAAAUAACAGGGAACAUAUUAUUGAUGCGUUUCGCCCAGACUUGACUUCUGCUUCAUUCCAGAGACCCGUGAAUGACAUGAACGUUGCGAGCGGCUGCCCCCUGUUCCUCCCUCUGUCCAAACUGCAGUCGCCUAAAUAUGCCUAUGUGAAAGAAGACACGCUUUUCCUUAAAUGCAUUAUAGAAACAAACCAGUAAAUCCCGCAAUGUGGGUGUCUGGAAAUCGCCUACCGAAUUUCAUUAGUUUACAAGAAAGAACAACCCAUCAACUUGAGACCUUGUAUUCGUUUUCGUGCGCGCACAAAACCCAGAGCCCGAGCCCGAGCUCCCGAUUCGAUCUCAUCAGCUGAAGACCCUGCUUGAGUUUGUGCUGCUGAGCGUGCCCACGUCUGCCCAGAGCCCUGAGCGGCUCUUGCCAAUGAGAUUUGGGAUUAUUUCAUCAAUACCCGCCUGGUUUGGCCGGGGGUGACAGCAGGAACAAGGGCACAUUCAUCUCCCAAGACACCCAUCGGGUGUCUCUGUGCUUAUUGAUGACCCUGAAAUCUGUGAGUUGUGGGUCACAUUUGCAGCUUGAAUUCCUUAUACCAGAUGAUUCAUUUCUUGCUAUUUAUUUUAGACCUGUAUUUAUGUGCUCUGUAAAGAGACGUUCUGUUGCGUCAGCCGUCGGUGCCCAGAUUACACUGUGCCUUGGGAAAUGACCUCUUGUACUUGCAAAGGAGCCGUUUGGCUUUCCUGAGCCCUCAGGAGCUUUGUUUUCAAGUGUUCUGUCACUUCGUGAACCUUCUAGGCAAGUGACUUAUUGGAAAGUAUUGAUUAUUUUCCUUGCUUGAUUCUUUUUACGUGCUCUGAUGGUUAAGUCCUGUCGCUAAAAUAGAAGUAGCUACUAGACAUGUUUUGUUUUGUGUUUAAUUUUUUGGUUUGUGUUUUUUUAAUAGGGGUAAGGAAUUAAUUUUUAUUCUUUUUUAUAAGCAAGUCAAGCUUGGCAAUGUCUGCAUGUGUGCGAAGCCCAAACGCUACACCUUAUCCCCAAAAAGCAGCAAGCAAAAAGCACAGCCUUGGCAGCUGUGUCAGAAUCGGUGGAGCUGAGCUGGGUUUUGGUGCCGCAGUUUCUGUUCAGCUCCCGUGCCCACGAGAACCAGCUGUGCAUUUACGACUGAAAGGCCGUUCUGCACUCACUUUAUCCAUUUUUCCUUUGCACUAUUUCCCGAUGGAAAACACGAGGAACAGACGAUAUCGCGCCCGCUGCCUGAGGAGCGGAAGGAGAAGCUGUUUGUCCACCUGCAUUUUGCAACCCGGCGUCCAGCAGAGCUGCUGAGAUGCCGUGUGCUGUGGCUGCUGCCGUACGGACAGACCUCGCAAAUCUCCCAUUUCUAUCUUGACAGCACCCUUUAAAAUAAUUAGUGGUGAUGAAGUCUCAAAUUUCAAAACAAAAAUCACCCCAUAAUCAAAUAUCUGUCAAAGCUUGUUUGGGAAGGAACUCGAUAUUCUUGGUGUCUCUGUCUUUUUCUCUCUUCCAUGUUUAAAAUGUUCUUUCAGGGACAGAAAGCUAUUUUUGCAGUAAUGUGCCAAACCCUGUAACCACACUGGAGUAAUAUGCCUAAAAAUAUGAUGCUUUUCAUGGCCGUGUAAUGUUGACAAGUGCUGUAUUUAUUACAAUCAUUCAUAUUUUCUUAUGAUUUUAUUUAUUUCCUAAGUAAAGCUCGCUAACUUAAAAA